UGUAACCGUAGUUCACUUUUUAGUUGUUUGAUGAGCAGGUUAUGAAUAAAGUUUCUUGUGUUAAUAAUUUGGGCCUUUGCUAUUUAUUGUAAUUGUAUAAUAACUUUUGUAUUUAAAAUAAGAGACACGAUUAUACCAAGAAGAAAUGUGUUGUGGAAGAAUUACUUCGAAUUUCUAAAUCAAUAUGUCGUUGGUAGCGUACGAAUUCAGCGAUGGAGAGCCAAGUGAUUACGAAGAGGAAGAAGAGAAACAAGAACAGCCUGCAAAACAGGCGAAUGAUGAGGACAAAAAAGAGAUUCCUAGCACGUCAAAAAGCGUUAUCAAAGAUGAUGCCAAGGAUGUGACCAAUUUGCCGAAGAGUGUAGGCUUGAAAAACGUGGGACUGGACAUAGCGUGGUCUUUGUUGGAUAAGCACAGGAUUCAACCUAUCCGAAUCCCUAUACCUUCAGUUGUUGCUGAAGAGACUGAAGUCAAGAAGCAUCAAAACAUGCCACCUUCGAAGAAAGGUUCUGGCCUCUUCGCCGUAUUGCCAAAGCCCAAGAGUGAGAUGGUCUCGAAUGCAGUGAAGAUGAAGUUGAAACCGACAUCAUUGAUGAGGCCUAAACCAGUCCCGAAGCCGAAACCACCAAAGCCAAUUGUCAAGACGAAAGAAUCGGAUAGUGAAAGUGACAACGAAGGCGAGGCUGGUUCGUUUUUCUUCGCCCCUGAAACAGAUAUCAAAGUCGAUCCGACAACAGCGAAGCAGAUCGCAAAAGAACUCUCAGAAAUUGAACACAAAGUCGCUAAAUCGAUGGAAAAGCCUGUAGUCGAGGAAGUUCCCCUGGAUGAAGUGCCGCUUCCGGAAGGUGAGCCGGGUCAGCCGGCUGAAGAGGUCAAAUUAAACGAUGAAAUAUUGGCAAAGCUGUGUGGGACGAAAGACAGGCGCAAGGCCAUCUCGGAGCAAUUUAUCGACGUCGACGGCUCUGCUCUUGUCGGAGAUGCCCAACAAUGGCUUGUAAAGGAGCUUUCCAAAGAGACGCCGAACCCUGGCAAGAGGAAAUUCGAAGGGACACACAUGUCGAAACGAAAACACCAAAUCACUUACUUGGCGCAACACGCCAAAGCUAACGAGCUUGAACUCCAGAAUCAAUGGGCUAACAACAGAAUGACUAGAAAACAAACUCAGGCUAAAUAUGGCUUUUAGCAUCUGUACAUUGUUAUAUUUGUAAAUUUCUGUUAUUUUCUUUUUGUACCUAAACUACCUAUAUAUAUAUAUAUCAAUAUUAUUUUU